ACGGAGAGUUCGCAGAGUGUUCGCACGGUCGCGAUUACAAAGCGUGGAAAGAGGGAGAACGUGUACGAAGACUUCGGAACUGACAUAAUUGGCGAUUAAAUGCAGUGAGUCAGCCAAGCGACGAAAAUUUAGGAAAUAGAAACGACAGACGGAUGAAAGAAGAGAAGAAACAGUGAACUGAAGUGAAGUUGCAUAGACAGUGUACUUUACAGUGAUUCCCAAGUGUAUGAUUUAAAAUAAUAAACCUAUUCUUAGGAGCGUUUUAAAACGUAUUUGUCCGUGAGAAAGAGACGAGAAAUUGGUGUAGAGGCAUGAGCUGGUAUCUGAACUGAUCGACACCGCAACUGCAACCGUCUCGUCCAUCACGAUGAUGAACGCUUUCCUGGAUGGAGUGUCCUCGCAUCCACACCAUCUGGCCAAUCUGGGCAUCAAGCUAUCACCCAGUGGUGGUGAUGCCACGGACGCUGGUACAGGUGUGCAGCCGGCACCAGGUGAAGCUCCGUCUCAGCAACACCAUCACUUUCACCCCCAAGGCUAUCCCCCUCAUCAUCCCCAUCCGGCAUCGCACAUGGCACCGCACAUGGGACACCACAUGAGCCAUCAUCCUGGAUACGCGGCACGUGAUUUUCUCCUCCGCCGCGAGCACGAAUUCAACGCGACCGCGAAUCCGACCACGCCGGAAAGUGGUCUAGGAUUGUUCACACCUUUACAUCACGACGGGACAGCCGCAACGAUGCAGCAGUUUCCUCAUCAUCCGAGCCAACAUCCCCUGGCAGCGAGUCACUAUCCAGGACACUAUCCCCAAGAUUCGAGACUACCGCCUCAUCAUCAGUAUUUAAGUGCUCCUCAUCUGACGCCAGCGUCGAUCCAUCAUCAACAACAUCCAGCCGUCAGCCAUCCAAGCCAUCAUCCUCACGGUGCCUUUUUAAGGUAUAUGAGAAGCAACGGAAGCGGCGGUGGCGGAACCAGUGGGGUUGCAGGCGGCCAACGGCAAGAAAUGUCGUGUAUGUGGGUAGAUCAGGAUGCACCCGGACCCGGAAGGAAGUUGUGCGGCAAACUCUUCAACUCCCUCCACGAUAUCGUGACGCACCUCACGGUGGAACACGUGGGCGGUCCCGAGUGCACCACGCACGCGUGCUUCUGGCAGGGAUGUUCGCGUAACGGCAGGGCCUUCAAGGCAAAGUACAAACUUGUUAACCACAUAAGGGUUCACACCGGUGAGAAACCCUUCCCUUGCCCGUUUCCCGGCUGCGGAAAAGUCUUUGCCAGGUCUGAGAAUCUUAAAAUUCAUAAGAGGACGCACACCGGCGAGAAACCGUUUAAGUGUGAAUACUCAGGCUGCGAGAGGCGGUUUGCGAACAGCAGCGACCGUAAGAAGCACAGUCACGUCCACACGUCCGACAAGCCGUACAAUUGUCGAGUUACCGGCUGUGACAAGUCCUAUACACAUCCUAGUUCGUUGCGCAAGCAUAUGAAGGUGCACGGCAUGACCCUGGGCGAAGGCAAAAUAGGAGGGGGCUAUGAAAGCGAGGGUGAAGAGAGCACUAGCAGCGGGGGUAGCUUGUCCGUGACCGGACACACCGAGUCUCCUCAACCGCCUCCGGUCGUCCCGACAACGACCACGACCAAUCCUCCGUCGAGUCAUCCUUCGACCAGAGGCCCAGAGUUGACGGAGUGGUACGUCUGUCAGCCACCAACUGUGGGUCCUCAGCACAGCCCGUUGCCGGGUCCACCGCCGCCCCAUCAUCUUGGACCGCACCACUUCAACCCGCUGAUGCAUCACCAAGCGACUGCCUAUUAAUUCUUGCCGGGAACGAACCAUAUGACCAAUUGCUCGGGCAAGAUCAACGCAACCUCAACGAACAUACACGUUAGUCGAUGUCGGCAAUCAAAAUCGAGUUUGAUCACACGUUCGAUGGAGGGAAAACGGAGUUUUUGAAAACUGUUAUUCGAAGAAGAAAUGGAGGACCACAAGGAAGUGCUAAAUAAGUUACAAUAGAACUUUAUUCCUUUGAACUUGUUGCUAGAUGUAAGUGAAGUUCGAAUCAAUAGGAGUUUGUCGAUCCUUUUUCAGUACCUAUGAUUUUCUUCGUUUACAUAAACGAACUCGAUGGAUGAGAGUUCAAUUAAUCGGAUUCGUGUUAUUAAUUGUAAAUUCCUUUUUCUUCUUUUAAUAAAUGGAAUUCUACUCUAUGUAUUCGCGGAUGAUCGUUUUUCGUAAUAGUACGGCAAGGUUACUUGUUCCGCAAAUUUGACAAUGGGAUUGUAAAAUAGGUAAUGCUACCUACACUCGUGACCAAAGUUAGGAAAACACACACUUUCGAGUGUUGUUAGUAUUUAUUUACCAGUACGAUUGUAUCAACAAGAAUAUAAAGGAAGAGAAAAAGCGGAAGACGAUCGUAUUAACGGAUGCUAAACGCGAUACAAACGCGAACGUAACUGUAUAUGUAAUAAUCGUCGAGAAUUCGGGCUGCGAUGUACCAAACAGAGAGUUACCUCUAUCUAGAUGGCGAGGUGCGAUUGUAAAUACGAAUGAACCUUAAACCAAGUGCUAUGGCCGUUGCAGUAAACGCGAGAAAUAAACAAAAACACGAAAAAAAGAAAUUAAGAGAGAGAGAGAGAGAGGGGGGGGGCACUGCCAUGUGUUCUUAGCUACGAAAAAUCGUGUCUCGGCAAUCACGGCGUUACAAAUUAGUCGAAGCAAUUUCCAACGGCGCCGUGUCUCGUAAUUCCAGCCACGUUCGUGUUCCGACUUAUCAAUCGCGAAACGAAAGAACGACUCGCUGGGUUCCGGCUUAAUUGUUCCUCGAGCACGACCGAUCGUACGCGCUUCUCGCGGGCUUAAGUCUAAUUAAAACGUUGAUAGUGAAGCGAAACGGUGUUUUAAAACCGAGCGACGUGCUUGGUUUGCGGGACAGAAAAUUGGAAAAAAGAAGGAAAGAAGGGAAGUCACGUCCAAACAGACGUACUAUUGUUGUAUAUAUUAUUAUUAUGAUCAUUAUUAUUUAGUUUGCGUCGUCGAGCGGGAAAUAAGGACGAAAACGUUGCGAGAUUAAUAGAAAUUCGAGGGCUGAUGGUUCCAUUUGUAAAAUAUUGUACUGCUAUAAUUUCUAUGUGUGAUAUGCUGUAAAUAUAGAGAGAGAAACGAGACACCUACGGCUCGAACCAAGCGAGUUCAAAUAAUUAUUGUAAUAAUUUUCUUUCUUUCCUUUUUCGUUACAUAUAUGCUUAGGUUGUUGGAUGAGAAUGCAUCUCUUGUUCAUCCACCCAUACCUUGCAUCGUAUUAUAAUAUUUGUUUUGCAAAGAUCUGAAAUAUAUUGAUGAUGCGAUAUAUUAGAA